UUAUGUUUUUAUCAUAUCAGUGAAGUGAAUUGCAUGUGACCGUGAAUAUGGCAGAUUGGAAGUCCGUUUUAUCCGCAGCGGGAUUUAUUAUGCUAUGUUUUUUUGGAAUUCCAAUGAACAUCAACUCUCCAAGCCCUGCUGAAAAAGAACAGAGACUCCUGUUUCAUAGUUACGUCCACAAAUUCAACAAGCCGUACAAGCUCAAUGAGAGCGAGUACGAGGUCCGUUUUAGAACAUUUCAGACGGCCCUUAAAACAAUUGAAGAUUUAAACAAAGGCCGCGACUCAAAUGAAAGUGCCUUGUAUGGUUUGACGGAGUUCUCGGAUAUCUCAGGAGAUGAGUUCUUGUCAAGACGACUGCUUCGAAAACUGGGCAAAAGACUUAAGCAUCGAAAGUUGGAAGAAGACACUAGUGGCGAAAAGAAAGAAAAAGAUCGUCAUCACUACAAGCACAGAAAUCAUCAUGAGCAUCACAAUCAUGUUAGGAAGCGAGAUGUCUCUCCAGCAAUACCACCCAAAAAAGACUGGCGAGAUACAGGCAUUAUCGGCAAAGUACGGGAUCAGAAGACUUGUGGUGCUUGUUGGGCAUUCAGCACGAUUGAAACAGUAGAGUCUAUGUAUGCCAUGACAAAUGGUUCUUUCAAGGAACUUAGUGUACAAGAAGUGGUGGAUUGUGCCGGCAAUGGGAAUGCAGGAUGCAAUGGUGGAGACACAUGUAGUUUACUUAAGUGGCUUGUCAUGAACCAUGUUCCAGUCAAACUAGAAAAAGAUUAUCCCUUAGUUUUGAAAGAUGAAGUUUGUCGACUCAAUGGGUAUGGGUUUGAAGGAGGGAUAGAAGUAGCUGAUAACUACACUUGUGAUAAUUUUGUCGGAAGUGAGUCAAACAUUCUGGAGCUCCUUGCCUUUCAUGGACCUGUGAUAGCUGCUGUGAAUGCACUUCCAUGGCAGUAUUAUAUUGGUGGAGUCAUCCAAUAUCAUUGUGAUGGAGCGCUGCAAAAUAUCAAUCAUGCUGUACAAAUCGUUGGGUACGAUACCACUGCCGCUAUUCCGCACUACAUCAUCAGAAACUCGUGGGGCCCAUAUUUUGGUGAUAAUGGAUAUGCUUAUCUUGCAAUCGGCGGUAAUAUUUGUGGUAUUGGGACCGAAGUUUCAUCACUUGAUGUUCUCCAGAAGUAAAUUCAAAGAACAUUCCCUUGUUUUAAGUAAUACUCACCCCUCUGACGUAGGUAACAAUAGCCGUAUGAACAAAUUUGUUCACUUGACUGCUCAUUACUCGGACCAUGGUCUGAAACCUUUGUUCAUGUGAUUCUAAAUUGUUCCGCAUCAUUGAAUCAUCUAUAUAUAAGUCUUUUUCCAAGUUCAUUUUUCAAAUGUUUGUGGUGUUCAAAAAACCAGAACAAUUUAAUUACGUAUAUGUCUUGGAGAAAUCAUCAUCUGGAUUUGAAAUAGUUUUAUUUUAUUUUCCUCUCCUUAAAUUUUUUUUAAUUGCAUAGAGCAAGGAAAUAUCUGGAUAGUCAAAGUAGUUGCUAUUUUAACUCCGUAGGAUUCCCAAACAGGCCAUAGUUUUACUGAACAUAGUUGAAUUAGAGCUAAACUUAUUGGAGACGUUUGCCAAGCCACUCAAAACUUAAUUGGGCCUCUUGGAGGAAUUUUGUGGAAUUUGGAUGCUUGGAAAUUGACGUAAAUUUUGUGAAAAAACUUGAGAAAAUUGGGCCAGAUAAUACUCCUCCUUGUUAACCAAGGUUCAACUGUACUGAUUUUUGUUAAAUGUUCUGUAUUUGCUCUCUUAUCUUUUUUUUUUUUUUUUAAUUAGUUCUUUUCCAACCAUGUCAAAGUAAUUUCAAGUGUAUUAUAUCCAUGAUGAUGAAAAACGAAAGGAAAUACACUCCAAACAUUAAAAAGAAAAAAAAAAACUCCUUUGAACCAAAAAAGGUUUACUUAAAAUGAAGAGACUGUUUUUGCAUCCUCAUCGUCGUCAACUUGAAUGUGCUAGAAAUUAUGAUAUUUAGCUAAGCCUAGAUUCUGAUUCCAACACUCUUCUGCGGAAAACUGUAUGAUUAGGCAAUAUUUUAGAGUCUAUAUUACACGUUGUGGGUAAAGUUUAUGCACUUUUAGACUGCAACAGAAGAUCCUGAGCCUUGCAUUUACCUCUAAUGCCAAACUGACGUCAGACAAUCUUCUGCCACAGUCCAAAGUUGCGUAAACUUACCUGGCGUGGACUCAAUGCAAAGACUUUUUAUAAAUAGGGGAGACUUGAUGAAGUAUGAAAUGCCAUUGAAGUUUUAACCGCCCACGGAACAUCUAUUACGUAUGUUUUGUUCUUUGCAUCAUGCCCAAGACUGUCUACUGUGUCAUAUUAUGUAAUUCUAUGUAUUUCAAUUGACCGCAAAACUGUAAUUAUUCCCAUGUGCCUUUGCAAAGGAACUCUUCAUGUGCCUUUAUCACAAUUCUCUUGCUAAAAUUUCUGUGUUCUCCCGUGUGUUCUUUAAUGAUAUAAUUUAACUUUGGAUGUAUGUAUUGUUUUUUUCUCAUUUCUUUUUGAUUUUAUACUUUAUUGGCAAAAUUCUCUAGCAUUUUAAAUAAGAUUGUAACAAUUUUUACAGUUUUCUAUGUUUUCCGAGUAAAAUGUCUCUCAUUAUCAAGAUCAAAAUCCUUACAUUAUUUUUAUAAAAGCAGGUGGAGACAUGUAUUGUUAGUUCAUUGUUUUAUUUUUAAGCAUGACUGAGCAUAUCUUGAGGUCUGCAAGAUGAGAAAAUGACCCCUCCUUCAACAUGAUUUGAUAUUUGAGGAUACAAAUUAUGUAAAUGUAUUUAAGCAGACUACACUUUGCAAUUAGGAAACACAUUUUCUGGCUUAAUUUAGAGACAACACAUGCGCCAUUAGUUUCCCUGUGCAGAUAGUUCUUUCAUGUAUGAACUGGAACUUUUUGUUCCUAUUUGUAAAAUGCAGUCCAAUCAUUUUCUGAAAGAACUAUGUAAGAAAUCAGAAGUCAUUAUGAGGUGUCACCUUACUAUACUUUCCUUUUCGCCCUUUUCCUGUGACUGUAACAAAUUUCAAUCGAAAGGAGGUUGGCUGUGAUAAAUGUGUUGCUGCUAGUUUGAACUUAAAAAUCUUCAAAUUGGUGUUCUUUAUGGUUUUAUAUUUCAAGCUAAGCAUCACGCUCAUCAAUGAAGGCUUCCAAAAAAGGACUUAGCAAUGAUUGUUCAUUCGUCAACUCCGUACAUCUUCUUGGCAUCAUGAUGACCUCCGAUUUACGGAUUAUUAGUCUUGUUUUCUGCUUGUAUCAAAGUAUUAUUAAUUGUAUGUAUGUAAAUACUUUAUGACAUCAUUUGUAGUUAUAGGUAAUCUUACUUUAUUUUUUGGGUCAUAGCGCUAAUCUUGUUAACUCAUCAUAAGAAUUGUGUCAGAAGUCUGAUACAUAUGUAGUUUUUCCAGCUAGCCUGUUGCAUUUGAGAAGAAAUUUUUAUUUUUUUAUUGUUACUUCUUUGUUUUACAGAUACAUUUAUCACACUCUCUCUCUUUGUUUUUAUCAUUCCUGACUGCUGUACACUCGGGCCCUUCAUUCCUAUUUUUACUCUUAAUCCAAUUAAAUGGCAGAAAAUAUUUUUAUUUUGUCAGAUCAGGCUUCCAUUUUCAAUUGUAAUGGGCCCAUUAGAUCAUUAUUUCCCCAUUUUAAACUUAUUAUUAGUUUUGUAUUUAUUAAGUUUUGAAGGCGCAGCACUUCAUUUUUAUAAGUUCGCCAUGUAGGUUGGCGACCAAAUUUAACUUCACUCGGCGAUAGAAUAACAAUUGUUACACGGAAUGUAUUCAAGGUCCUUUGACGGAUGGCCAUGCUGACAAUGUUCGCUGACUAACACGCCUCAAGUACCGUAUUUCGAGGAGUUGUAAUGAAAAUAUCCGAGGCAAGAUGAAGGAAAGAACUAGUCUUAAUGUAUGUAGAUUAUUGCAAUCAAAUUUUUUAGAGUAAAAAAAUAAUUUAAUUACUUCUAGCAGAUCUGAUCUUAUUCCAUUAGGUUAGCAUAAUUGGAAAGUGCAUGCACAUUUUUUUAAUCUUGGUGCAAGUUAGAGCAUUCGACUGUUAGAGCUAAUACUGAAUUUUUUGGUCAGCCAGUUAUUAGAGUGACGACAGAUCAUCCCAAUUCCUACAUUGAAACUAAACGAAGGAAUGAAGAUGGUAGAUCAUGUGUCACACCCGUAAAGUUAAGCAACUAUUUGAUAUGUCGACGGUGAAACUGUAGGAAUGCUCAUCUUGGUUUGGGACAUGGUAGAUUUCCAAAUUAUUUUAGAAAUGGAAAAAUGCUGGACGUCAUUUCUUGGAAACUAGCUUCCCUGAUCUUUAUGUCCAAUAUGAAAAAUACUCGGUGAAAAAUUCAAAUAAUAGUUAUGGUCAUUAGUUCCUCUUCGAUGAAAUACAAUGGGAGAGGAGGUUUCAAAAUAUUGCCAAUGAGUUUCUGCAUUUCUGUAGUUUCACUGUCUUUAUGUCUUUCAGCAAGAUGUUGCAUGGUGAAGGUCUAAUUGUUUCCUGUGACCCCACCUUCCCCCCUUUUUGUUACUCUUUUCCAUGAUAAUAUUCUUAACAUUUUAAUCCCUCUGAAAAAAUAUUACAAAAAAAAGUUUUGUGGUUUAUUUUAAGUCAAUGAAGAGUACAUUUAAUGUUUGAAGCCUCGUACUUUGUAAAUGGAAGAAGCAAUAUUUUGUACUGUAAUAUACUUUAAGGAAAUUUUGAAUCUCACAUGGCGAUCGUUUUCAAAGAGGAAAUACAAAAUUUAUCUGUAUAACUUUCAAUAUACUUUUACCAUUUAUUUUAA